UAGUGUUGGCACCCAGAAACCAGCUCCAUGUCUGGCCAGAGAGACACUGGGUUGUGGCAUUUCUUCAGCUGCUUCCCAGGGAGAAAAAGGACUCCUUAGAACCUUUAGGACUUGCUUCUGACCCUGGGAGCACCUAGUUUAGGCCUCCCCAGUGCUUACAAAUCUGGGGGACUGCCAAUUUUUAACUAGACAUGUUGAUCAUUAACAAGGGUUAGAAAAGAGCUCAAACUCAGCCUCACUUGGGGACACAGACCAGCUGGGCCCCAGGCUGCCUGAGAAAUGCUGGGUCCUCAAAUGUGGGCCUCUGCGAGGCAGGGGCUGAGCAGGGGCUUGUCUAGAAAUGCGAGGGGCUGGGCCUCAGGGGAGGGGAAGAAGGUGGACAUCGCAGGCAUCUACCCCCCUGUGACUACCCCCUUUGCUGCGAACGCAGAGGUGGACUAUGGGAAAUUGGAGGAGAACCUGCACAAACUGGGUACCCUCCCCUUCCGAGGACUUGUGGUCCAAGGCUCCACUGGCGAGUUCCCCUUCCUGACCAGCAGCGAGCGCCUGGAGGUGGUGAGCAGAGUGCACCAGGUCAUGCCCAAGGACAAACUCCUGUUAGCAGGCUCCGGCUGCGAGUCCACUCAAGCCACUGUGGAGAUGACUGUCAGCAUGGCGCAGGUUGGGGCUGAUGCUGUCAUGGUGGUGACUCCUUUCUACUAUCGUGGCCGCAUGAACAGCUCUGCCCUCAUUCACCACUACACCAAGGUUGCUGAUCUCUCUCCAAUCCCCGUGGUGCUGUACAGUGUCCCAGCCAACACAGGGCUGGACCUGCCUGUGGAUGCAGUGGUCACACUUUCUCAGCACCCAAAUAUCGUGGGGAUGAAGGACAGUGGUGGUGAUGUGACUAGAAUUGCGCUGAUUGUUCACAAGACCAGGAAGCAGGAUUUCCAGGUGUUGGCUGGAUCAGUUGGUUUCUUGCUGGCCAGCUAUGCCUUGGGAGCUGUGGGGGGCGUGUGUGCCCUGGCCAAUGUCCUGGGAGCCCAGGUAUGCCAGCUGGAGCGACUCUGCCUCACAGGUCAAUGGGAGGCCGCCCAGAAGCUACAGCUCCGCCUCAUUGAGCCCAACACCGCGGUGACCCGACGCUUUGGAAUCCCAGGGCUGAAGAAAGCCAUGGACUGGUUUGGCUACUAUGGAGGCCCCUGUCGUGCUCCCCUGCAGGGGCUGAGCUCUGCCGAUGAGGAGGCCCUGCGUGUGGAUUUCAGCAGCAAUGGCUGGCUCUGAAGGCAAGCAGGGCAUACCUGGUCUGAGCCCUCUCAGUCUCCCCUUGCUCCCACAGCCUGAAGAAUGAAGAGGAGCAUGUGGGAAGGGUCAGGAGUAUCUUUCCCCCUCUACUCCUUCAGGUGGCCUUUUACCAGGCAGCCCUGUGCAAUCUCCCCUGCUCACAUUUGCUAGUCUGUGACUUCUCACAUUUAUGUCCUAGAUGCUCAGUCCCUGGGACUAGCAGAGUAGGAAGAAGCAAUCUCUUACUCGCCUCUGUACUGUGGAUGCUUUCCUCUGCCCCCAAGGCCCAGAAACUUGGGAGCUGAGGGAAAGGUGAGAGGGGCAAUAGGGCCAUAGGGAACUGGAUACUGAAGGGAUGACUACUUAAGACUUGGAGCUACAGGCCUGAGUCUAGCAUGAUGCAGCUGGAAAUCAGGGCUAUUCUGAAAAACAAAAGUUCUGACUCCUUCCAGAGGAUGCAGCAGGUUAGGAAAUCUGAUCAGGAAAAUGUUGUUGGUCUUUGGAAGGCCCAAAUUGCAUUUCAGACACAAUGUCCUUUCCUAAAUCUAUUUUUAUUUAGUCUUGUUGUUAGCUUUCUCACCAUUCAGUGCACAAAGACAGCCCAGUGGCUUGUGAGACUGGUAAAUAAUGACACCUGGUGGAUAAACACCUGGUCUGCAUUCUAGAAGAUUAAUUGAACCUGCCCAGGUCUGAAACACCCGAGGAAGGGGACUUUGCAUGAGACAGAGCCAUCUUUGUCUGUAAGCACUCUGUUUCUUAUUAAAAAUAAUCAUGUUGUUACUACAAUAAAGUUUCAGAAGUAAAA